AUGAGAGUAUACUGGAUAUUUCAGGUAAUGAUCAUUACUGAAUUAUACGCAAGGAUAGGAUUAGAUGAAUUAAAAUCACUCCAUAAACUUACAUACACAGAUACAGAAGGUAACACACUAGUAAUAAACCCAGAAGGACCACUUAACUUAACCAGAGGAUACAUCUACCAUAAAAAUGGAUACGUGUACAAUAAAAGACUCUUCUCACAUGAAAUUGAUAUCAAUUACGCACUAACCACAGAGAAUAACUCAAGUACAGCAUAUACACAUAAAAGAAAGAAAAAGAAUGAUACAGUACACAGUUAUACUAGUAAUAAGGCUAAUACAGACCAGGAAUACGAAAAAUUAAGAAGGUAUACAGUAGACUACCAUAAUAAACUAAUUCAAAUGUUUGGGUUAAAUGACAUAUACGUAACCAUUGAAGCAGGCAGGUUUGACUCAUUCAUUAGGUUCAUGAAGUACCCACCAGUGAAAGCAUACUCUAAUUAUAUACUGGCAGCACUCUUAUUAUUAUCAGAGGGAGUGGACGUACCCAUACAGUGCAUACAGUCAGAUAAUGAUUAUAACCUUAUACUAACAGAUACAGAUGUGUCUUAUGAAUACUUCACAGUUAGUCUAUACGUCCCUGGGUAUAAUCCGUCUAAUAGUAAGUAUGAGGAUAUCUUACAGAGUGAAGCCAAGAGUAUUAUUGAAUUCUUCAUACGGCACAGGGACAGUUCAUUCCUUAAAAAGGGCCGGGUCCUUGCAGAGCCAGUUGAUCAUAACGGGUUUAAAAAUGGGAAUUUCAUGGACAGUGUACAGUUCUUAAUACAAGCGUACGUAUUCGAGUUCAUUGAUAAUGGGACUGAUGUGGAGGGAUUCAUUACGGCUGUGUUUGAACUAUUAAAUGACCAGUUAGGGAUAAAAAUGAAUAAAAAUUCAAGCCCGACUAACCCGAAAAAAAUAAAAAAAGUGCAGGCCGUGUUUAAUAAAUGCUUUAUCAGGCUGAGCACAGGAAAUUCAGGCAUGUCCCGUAUAAAUACUCUUCACAGGAUUAAGACAAUUAAAGAGAGUGCGUGUAUACUCCCAUUCUAUUCAGCAGAAGAACUGCCCAUGUACAGUAAAAUACCAAAGUAUAAUGCGUAUACGGAGAAGUGCAGUGGGGAGUACAUUAAAUACUUUACUAAUUGUUGUGAGACAGCAGUGCUUGGGUUAAUGUGCUGUAUGAUGUACGAUCCGUAUAAGAAAGAGUACACGACAGAUCAUUUAAGUGAUCCAUUACCUGAACUGAUUGAGUUCUUUCAUAUGUAUAAAGUGCCUGUAGAGUCAUCCAGCAUGGAGAUGCUCAUUAAUUGGAAUAAAGUUGUUUCAAAUAAGCAUAAGUCAGGCGUAAUGUACUUAUCAGAGAACAAUGAGGUUGCAACUGGACUUAUAAAUGCACUGUACUUAAUCACUGCGCUGACCAUGCCGAAUGCGGAUAGGAGUACUUUGACUGAGUUCAGGAAUAAAUUGGAUAUGGGACAUGGGAUGACUGCAGAGUUCAUGAAUCAGAUUACGGCGUACACAGAAAGCGUACUUAAAACCAUCUCAAAUAACCCGAAUUUAUACAUACGUAUACACGACAUGCAUAGACUGUGCAGAUCAGAUGGACAGCCUGAUGUAAUGUGUAGUUUAUACAUAACGUAUGAGUAUAAUAGUAUACGCACCACUGUCUGUAUACUAUUAUAUACUGGACAUUCAUACUUUACGAUUAUAAACCCGAAUGAUUUAUCGUAUACAGAGUAUUCUGAAUUAUGCUGUAUAAGGAGUACGUAUACAGAGUCAGAUACAUUCAUAGAUUACACUAUAUGUAAUUAUAUUGAUACUCUCAUACGGAAUUCGGGUUAUUCGGGUUAUACACCGUAUACAAGCAUAAAGGAUGACGUAUUAGAUGUAAUUAAUAAUAAGUACCAGAACAUGAACAGAUUAUUAUUGGUGUAUAAGAUAGAUACAGUGAUAAAAUCAAAUGAAAUCGUGUUAGCGUGCUUAACUCUAUCACAGAAUGAUUCAAUGACAGAUACACACCCAAUGAUCAGGUUUACAUCUAACAUAGUAGGGAAUAACAGUAUUAAUACAGUAAGUAUACGCAGGAGUGUAUUACAAGGCGUAGUAUACACAGGAACACAGAGUUUAUACACUAAAAUAAACUUACCAAAGAAGGUUUGGUAUAAUACUGCUAUAGAUAAAGAAGUGUACAUAAAUACAUUCUAUUCUGUAAUAGAAAUGGGAGUACCUGAAGUAGUAAUAAAUACGUUAUACGUGUUCAUUAAGUCAGAGAAUAAAAGUAAACUGUCCCAGGAUAAUCCAUUACUUAUAAAGGGACUUAAUCAGAAGAUAUUCCUGUGUAUAUUUAAAUAUAAUCAUAUGGGAUAUGCACAUAAACUAGCUGAAGUACUUAGACUGUACUACACUCCAAAUGAUCGUAUUAUUAAUACAGUAGUAUUUUAUAUGUGGAUGAUUUACAUGGUAAUGCAUAAACCAGAACAGACUAGCCUUAUACAGGAAAUAGUCUUAUUAACUAAUGGACAGUUCUUCUGUGAUAUGUUAGAGUAUAUGGAUACAACAGGAUUAACCCAAGAAUCACUUACAUGCUUAUACAGACUGAAAGAGUCACUUAAAGAUACAUCCGUACCAGUGGAUACGAUUGAUCAGGUUAGUAUAAUCAUUCAUUUAUGUGAGGAAAUAGUUAAUAACCGUAAAGCAUAA